AUCGACGCCUUGGCCAUGGCAGGAAGCGGGGCGGACGAGACCUUCCUGCAUGACAUCCAGUUCCUCAUCGCGAACGAUGCGCAGCUCACGCAGGAUCUCUCGCAGCUCUGCGCGAUCCUCGAAGGCUCGUCAAGCGACAGCGAACCGAGCGCCCCACCGAGCGCCAAGCGCAAGACGGCCCCUCCGAGCGACGACGAGCCGCCCGCGCGGAAGCCAAAGAACCGCUUCCAGCACAGGCAGCGGCAAGAGAUCCUCGCGCUGCGCGACCAGGUGCGGAUGUUGCAAACCGAGAUGUCAAAGACGCGCCGCGGCCGGCCCACCUCGACGCCGUCGCGUUGGGAAGCAAUCGCAAAGGAAGAGCGCCAGGCCAAAGCCGCCGUGCUGCACGAGAACGAGCAGCUCAAGGCCGCAGUGGCGCACCAGCUCACGUUCAUCGAGACCAUGCAGCGCCUGCUUCGAAAGAAGCCCCGGCUCGAGCUGCUGCGCGAUCCAUCGUCCGAGGCGUGGAAGGCCUACACGCUGGCUGCACAGGCGUCGCUUCGCCUCAGUGCGAUCCAUGCGAUUGCCGACCGACAAUACCAUCGGCUACGAAGCACCUUCUUGCGGCUUGGUCUUCUCGACCGCCCAGAUGACAACCUCGUGCGCAUCACGCCGACGCCGCAGGCCAACGGAACGCUCGUCGUCGAGUACGUUUAUGACUUUGUACUACCCGCGCCAUAUCGGGCCGUGGGCGAUGCGGUCUGGUGUGUCUUCAACGGGGCCGACGCCGCGCCGUGCGCCCUGGAUGCCACGCAGCAUGUCGAGAUCAUCGACGACGAUACCAACUACGAGACCUUUGCUCGCCCGAUUGCUGAUGCUGCGCACGUCGCCUACUCGAACCGGAUCACCAAGCGGUUCCAGGAAGAGAGCCGCGAUGUGAUCGUGUGGCGGACGGUCCUCCAGGACGAACGCAUGCCGCAGAUGGCCCACGGCAGCGUCGAAGACGAGUGUGGCUGGCUCGUGGUGGCAGCGAAGACGCACGCGACGUCUCGGCUCUCGUUUGUGCUCUCGGUCGUCGCGGAUGGUACGGCGAUCGAGAACGUCACGCGAGGCAUUGCAGCGUUUUCGUUUGGCCACCUCGAGUCUGGCCCGGCGCCGCUGGCCGAGACGCCGCCGCCGACGACGAUGGUUGCGCUCAUGGACAAGGGCAAGCGGCUCGAAGUCGCGCUGCGCAAUGCGGUGGCCAAGGUCGUUGGCGCGUUCCAGCCUGCAUCGUUGUCAUCACCAUCGCCGCAAAGGCACCGCGUUGGCAUAAGUGGAGCGUUGGAGUCGUAGGUAGUAGUAUGUUUACAGAGUGGAGAAUAUAAGCACGCCAACC